AGCGGGGCGCCGCGGGCGCGCCCCCCUGGGCGCUCGCGCCAGCGCUCCUCACUGGGUGCUCCGGAUCGGGAUGCCUGGCGCCCGUCUAUGGGGCCUCUCUCCGGAGCACCUCUCGCAGGUGGCUGGCAGCCUGGGCGCCGUCGACCUCCUCGCGGCCUCGUGUGCGUGCCGCGCGCUGCGCGCGGCCGCGGGUGGCGACGGCGUCUGGCGUGCGCUCCUGGUCCGGCACCUGCAGCCGGUGCUGGUGGCGUUCUUCGGCGGCGUGCCCCCGCCGCCUGCGGCGGGCAGGAGCUGGAAGGUCCACUUCUUCGAGUUCCGAGUGGCGUGGAAGAGGCUCGUGCAGGAGAGGACCGGGCGGCUGCUGAUCCAGGUCGGCGCGCAGCUCCCGUGUGGGCGGGGCCCCAACGAGAGCCUCUCCCUCUGGGCCCUCUUGGAGAGCGCGGAGAAGCCGCAGACUUACGGCGUGUACGACGUGACCAGCUUCGCCGACGACCACCCCGGCUCGGAUCUGGUCCUCAGGAGUGCAGCCGGCCUCGUAGACGCCACAGGCACCUUCGAGUCUGCUGCGCACUCGGACGCGGCGCUGCGGAGGCUCGCCUCGCUCGCAGUGCCUGGCCUGGAGGCCCUGCCGUACGACUACGAGCUGGAGAAGAUGCGCUGGCGGCAGCUGUCCGCCUGGCAGUCCCCCGACUUCCAGGUCUACGCCCGCGCCUCCGUGGGCGUCGCGAGCUGGGCGGCCACGAUCCGCCCAUCCCCCCGUUCGGCUGGUCGGCCCCGCUGCGGCCCCGCCGGCCGCGAUCCGCCGACCCCGCUGGACCGCUCGGCACCUGGGCGGUCGUGGCCCUGCUCGCGUGCUACUCCCCGCAGGCCUCUGCGGUCACCGCCGCCUGCGUGGGGCUGUGGCUGUGGUCGCAGGGGGACCGGCUGCGGGGCGCUGGCAAGGAGCGGCAGGAGUACGGGGUGAUCUAGGUGGCCAUUCCUCGGAUCCAGAUCUCCGACGAUCUGUUUUGCAAUCCGGGCCUUUUGCUCGUCUCAGGCCUCCAGGUGUCGCCUGUCGGGACCUUUUGGGCCGCGGAUGGCAGCACUCGUGCCGGCAGACAAUUGUGAGGCGGUGAUUUUCACACGCGCGCUCGUCCAUGGCUGGCGGCGCUCGGUGGCGGUGGCUGUUUCGGCGGAGCUCUUCGCCUUCCGGGUGCUCGCGCUUGCCGUGCCUCGUCGCCUCGUUGCUCCACGAGGUCUGGGCGCGCGCUCCUGGGUGGUGUGACAUCGCCGUGGUGCUCACUCCACUCAAGCCUCUCCCUCCCGCUCUCCCUCCACAUCCCUCCUUCCCCCCUCCUCCUCUCCUCUUCUCCCCUCCCUGCCCCCCCGCCCCCUCCAGCUCCCCUCACCUCCAGCCUCUUUUUUUUGUGUCCUCCCUCCGUCGGCAGCAGGCCGUCGUUAGGUCGGCGCGUGGUUUCAUACAUUCCCUUCCUCCGCUUCCUGUCGGCAGCAGGUCGACGUCAGGUCGAUACAUGGAGCACGGAUGCCCAGAUGGCGGUUCUUUGUGUUUGUUCGCCGUAGGCGUCGCCCGCCGCGUGAGGCGUAGAGUCCCGAGGAUCGGCUGCCAUAUAUGCUUUGAGCAUACGCCUCGGCAAGUCGAGUAUGCCACCUCGUCACGUACGGGGGGCGCGCAUCGCACUGUGUGUCCUGACGCGGCUUACUCUUCCAUCGCCAUCAUCAGCACUGGCAGGAGCGCAACCAGUGCCAGUAGCGCCAUCACCAUCCGACCAUCCGCAUUCGCCGACCCAGCUGCGCGCCCCUCCGCCUUUCUGCCCACCUGCGCCGCCACCGCUUCCGGCACGCUCGCCAUCAGUGUUGCUGCACGCGUUGCCGCCAGAAUCAGUUGCAGCCUUCCUGGCUGAAGUUUGGCGCACGCGUCACUGAUUGUUGUUUCUUAUCCCCGAGCUUGCUAACAGCGUGUGUUCGGUCUGGUUUGGCGCAUCUGCCUUCCCCAGGCGGUCCAGUGCUGCGCAGGAAGAGAUGUACAUGCUCACCUGUGAGCACGUCUUGACAGGGCAGCAUUACGGCGGCCUCAUGCCAGAUCUCUCAGUAUGUUGCGCCUAUCACACAUCUAUCAGGUUAGAUGUUGGUCGUGCCCAGAGGAAUUGCCA